AUGGAAAAUACCAACUCCAACGAAGCCCUCGCCCUCCUCUGGGCUUAUGAGCUUACGCGGGAGAACAAGCAGCUGUUCAAGGGACUCAAGAAAGUGAACCGACGUCUCGAUGCCUACCACCCAACCAUGGCAGCUACCCGUGCCAACGAUUCACAUCAACGCAAUAAAAAAGAGAACCAACAGCGGAAGAAUUAA